CUCGCUGCCGCCGGCUGCCGGGCGCUUCCUAGUCGGCGCGGGCGGCCGCCCAGGCGAGGUGCGGCCUCCGCUCGGGCGGGGGGCUCGCGCCGGGGCCCCGCCAUGGCCGCGUCCGAGCUCUACACAAAGUUUGCCAGAGUUUGGAUACCUGAUCCUGAGGAAGUUUGGAAGUCAGCAGAGCUGCUCAAAGAUUAUAAACCAGGAGAUAAAGUCCUCCUGCUUCACCUUGAGGAAGGAAAGGAUUUGGAGUAUCGUCUAGAUCCAAAGACCAAGGAACUGCCUCACUUGAGAAACCCUGACAUACUUGUGGGUGAAAAUGACCUCACAGCCCUCAGCUAUCUUCAUGAACCUGCUGUGCUCCACAAUCUCAGAGUCCGCUUUAUUGACUCCAAACUUAUUUAUACAUAUUGUGGUAUAGUCCUAGUAGCUAUAAAUCCUUAUGAACAGCUGCCUAUUUAUGGAGAAGAUAUUAUUAAUGCAUAUAGUGGACAGAAUAUGGGUGAUAUGGAUCCACAUAUCUUUGCGGUAGCUGAAGAAGCUUACAAGCAAAUGGCCAGAGAUGAACGAAAUCAGUCCAUCAUUGUAAGUGGAGAGUCUGGGGCAGGAAAAACAGUCUCAGCUAAGUAUGCCAUGAGAUACUUUGCAACUGUAAGUGGUUCUGCCAGUGAAGCCAAUGUUGAAGAAAAGGUCUUGGCCUCCAACCCCAUCAUGGAGUCCAUUGGAAAUGCUAAGACAACCAGGAAUGAUAAUAGCAGUCGUUUUGGGAAGUAUAUUGAAAUUGGUUUUGAUAAGAGAUAUCGAAUCAUUGGUGCCAAUAUGAGAACUUACCUUUUAGAGAAAUCCAGAGUGGUAUUCCAGGCAGAAGAGGAGAGAAACUAUCAUAUCUUCUAUCAGCUUUGUGCUUCAGCAAAGUUACCUGAAUUUAAAAUGCUGCGAUUAGGAAAUGCAGAUAACUUUAAUUACACGAAGCAGGGUGGCAGUCCCGUGAUCGAAGGAGUUGAUGAUACCAAGGAGAUGGCACAUACCAGGCAGGCGUGCACUUUGCUAGGAAUUAGUGAGUCUUAUCAGAUGGGAAUUUUCCGAAUACUUGCUGGCAUCCUUCACUUAGGCAAUGUUGCAUUUACAUCUCGGGAUUCAGAUAGCUGCACAAUACCUCCCAAGCAUGAACCCCUCAGCAUCUUCUCUGAUCUUAUGGGCGUGGACUAUGAGGAGAUGUGUCACUGGCUCUGCCAUCGGAAACUGGCUACCGCCACAGAGACAUAUAUCAAACCAAUCUCUAAGCUGCAGGCCACGAAUGCCCGUGAUGCUUUAGCCAAGCACAUUUAUGCCAAGCUCUUUAACUGGAUUGUAGAUCAUGUCAAUCAGGCCCUCCAUUCAGCUGUCAAACAGCACUCUUUUAUUGGAGUGCUGGACAUAUACGGAUUUGAAACAUUUGAGAUAAAUAGUUUUGAACAGUUUUGCAUAAAUUAUGCAAAUGAAAAACUACAGCAACAAUUCAAUAUGCAUGUCUUCAAAUUAGAACAAGAAGAAUAUAUGAAAGAACAAAUUCCAUGGACACUCAUAGAUUUUUAUGAUAAUCAGCCUUGCAUUAAUCUUAUAGAAUCUAAACUGGGCGUUUUAGAUUUGCUGGAUGAAGAAUGCAAGAUGCCUAAAGGUACAGAUGACACUUGGGCCCAAAAACUGUACAACACACAUUUGAACAAAUGUGCACUCUUUGAAAAGCCCCGUCUAUCAAACAAAGCUUUCAUCAUCCAACAUUUUGCUGACAAAGUGGAAUACCAGUGUGAAGGCUUUCUGGAAAAGAAUAAAGACACUGUUUUUGAAGAACAAAUUAAAGUUCUGAAAUCAAGCAAGUUUAAGAUGCUACCAGAAUUAUUUCAAGAUGAUGAGAAGGCCAUCAGUCCAACAUCAGCCACCUCAUCAGGGCGCAUGCCCCUUAGCCGCACUCCUGCAAAGCCCACCAAAGGCAGACCAGGCCAGACAGCCAAAGAACACAAGAAAACUGUGGGGCACCAGUUCCGAAACUCCCUUCAUCUGCUUAUGGAGACCCUCAAUGCCACUACCCCUCACUACGUGCGCUGCAUUAAGCCUAAUGACUUCAAGUUCCCUUUCACGUUUGACGAGAAGAGGGCAGUACAGCAGCUGAGAGCCUGCGGUGUCCUGGAGACCAUCCGCAUCAGUGCUGCGGGCUUCCCCUCACGGUGGACUUACCAAGAGUUUUUCAGCCGUUACCGUGUCCUAAUGAAGCAAAAGGAUGUCCUGAGUGACAGAAAGCAAACAUGCAAGAAUGUGUUAGAAAAACUGAUACUGGACAAGGACAAAUACCAGUUUGGUAAGACAAAGAUCUUUUUCCGUGCUGGUCAAGUGGCCUAUCUAGAAAAACUGAGGGCAGAUAAGCUGAGGGCUGCCUGCAUCCGGAUCCAGAAGACCAUCCGAGGGUGGCUGCUGCGGAAGAAGUACCUGCGCAUGCGGAAGGCGGCCAUCACUGUGCAGAGAUAUGUGCGAGGCUACCAGGCCCGAUGCUAUGCUAAGUUCCUGCGCAGAACCAAGGCAGCAACGAUUAUUCAGAAGUACUGGCGCAUGUAUAUAGUCCGCAGGAAAUACAAGAUCAGACGAACGGCCACUAUUGUUCUCCAGUCUUAUUUGCGAGGCUACUUAGCCAGAAAUAGGUAUCGCAAGAUGCUCCGUGAGCACAAAGCAGUUAUCAUUCAGAAGUGGGUCCGGGGCUGGCUGGCUCGCACCCGCUACAAGAGAAGCAUGCAUGCCAUCAUCUACCUGCAGUGCUGCUUCCGGCGGAUGAUGGCCAAGCGCGAGUUGAAGAAGCUCAAGAUUGAAGCGCGCUCUGUUGAGCGCUAUAAGAAGCUCCAUAUCGGCAUGGAGAACAAGAUUAUGCAGCUGCAGCGCAAAGUUGAUGAGCAGAACAAAGACUACAAAUGCCUCAUGGAGAAACUGACUACUCUGGAAGGAAUAUAUAACUCAGAGACUGAGAAACUACGAAGUGACUUAGAGCGUCUUCAACUAAGUGAGGAGGAGGCUAAGGUUGCUACUGGACGGGUCCUCAGUCUGCAGGAAGAAAUCACCAAACUCCGGAAAGACCUGGAACAAACUCAGUCAGAGAAAAAAUCUAUUGAGGAACGUGCAGAUAAAUACAAACAGGAAACUGAGCAGCUGGUGUCAAAUCUGAAGGAAGAAAACACUUUGCUGAAGCAGGAAAAAGAGGCUCUCAAUCACCUUAUUGUGGAGCAGGCUAAGGAGAUGACAGAGACUAUGGAGAAGAAGUUAGUGGAAGAAACAAAACAACUGGAACUCGAUCUUAAUGAUGAAAGACUGAGGUAUCAGAACCUUCUGAAUGAGUUUAGUCGCUUAGAAGAACGAUAUGAUGACCUUAAAGAAGAAAUGACUCUGAUGGUGAACGUGCCUAAGCCUGGACACAAGAGAACAGACUCCACCCACAGCAGCAAUGAGUCUGAAUACACCUUUAGCUCUGAAAUUGCAGAAACUGAAGAUAUGCCCUUGAGGACAGAGGAGCCAAGUGAGAAGAAGGUGCCUUUGGACAUGUCAUUGUUCCUCAAGCUCCAGAAGCGGGUCACAGAGCUGGAGCAGGAGAAGCAGGUGAUGCAGGACGAGCUGGACCGCAAGGAGGAGCAGGUGCUCCGCAGCAAGGCAAAGGAAGAAGAAAGACCACAAAUUAGAGGUGCAGAACUGGAAUAUGAAUCACUCAAGCGUCAAGAGCUGGAAUCAGAAAACAAAAAACUGAAAAAUGAAUUAAAUGAACUUCGCAAGGCCCUUAGUGAGAAAAGUGCCCCAGAGGUGACUGCUCCAGGGGCACCAGCCUACCGUGUCCUCAUGGAGCAGCUGACCUCUGUAAGUGAGGAGCUUGAUGUCCGCAAGGAGGAGGUCCUCAUCUUGAGGUCCCAACUGGUGAGCCAGAAGGAGGCCAUCCAACACAAGAAUACAAUGACAGAUUCUACAAUACUUUUAGAAGAUGUACAAAAAAUGAAAGAUAAAGGUGAAAUAGCACAAGCAUACAUUGGUUUGAAAGAAACGAACAGAUCACCUGCUAUGGAUUGCCAUGAGUUGAAUGAGGAUGGAGAGCUGUGGCUGGUUUAUGAAGGGUUAAAACAAGCCAACAGGCUCCUGGAAUCCCAGCUCCAGUCCCAGAAGAGGAGCCACGAGAACGAGGCUGAAGCCCUCCGUGGGGAGAUCCAGAGCCUGAAGGAGGAGAACAACCGGCAGCAGCAGCUGCUGGCGCAGAACCUGCAGCUGCCCCCGGAGGCCCGCAUCGAGGCCAGCCUGCAGCACGAGAUCACCAGGCUGACUAACGAAAACCUGUAUUUUGAGGAAUUAUAUGCAGAUGACCCUAAGAAGUAUCAGUCAUAUCGGAUUUCACUUUACAAACGGAUGAUUGACUUGAUGGAACAACUUGAAAAACAAGAUAAGACAGUUCGGAAACUGAAAAAACAACUGAAAGUAUUUGCCAAGAAAAUUGGUGAACUAGAAGUGGGCCAGAUGGAGAACAUAUCUCCAGGACAGAUCAUUGAUGAACCUAUCCGUCCAGUUAACAUUCCCAGGAAAGAAAAGGAUUUCCAAGGAAUGCUGGAAUACAAGAAGGAAGAUGAGCAAAAGCUUGUCAAGAACCUGAUUCUGGAACUGAAGCCACGUGGUGUGGCAGUCAAUUUGAUUCCAGGGUUACCAGCGUAUAUCCUAUUUAUGUGUGUUCGACAUGCUGACUACCUGAAUGAUGAUCAGAAAGUAAGGUCGUUGCUAACAUCAACAAUUAACAGCAUCAAAAAAGUAUUAAAGAAAAGAGGUGAUGAUUUCGAAACGGUCUCCUUCUGGCUCUCUAACACAUGCCGGUUUUUGCACUGUUUGAAGCAGUACAGUGGAGAAGAGGGCUUUAUGAAACACAACACAUCUCGCCAGAAUGAACACUGUCUCACCAAUUUUGACCUGGCUGAGUACCGGCAGGUGCUAAGUGACUUGGCUAUUCAGAUCUACCAGCAGCUUGUGCGGGUGUUAGAGAACAUCCUUCAGCCAAUGAUCGUGUCUGGCAUGCUGGAGCAUGAAACCAUCCAGGGUGUGUCUGGGGUGAAGCCCACAGGGCUGAGAAAGCGAACCUCCAGCAUUGCAGAUGAGGGCACCUACACACUGGACUCCAUCCUCCGGCAGCUCAACUCGUUCCACUCAGUCAUGUGUCAGCAUGGCAUGGACCCUGAACUGAUCAAGCAGGUGGUCAAGCAGAUGUUCUACAUUGUUGGGGCCAUCACCCUGAACAACCUCCUCCUGCGGAAGGACAUGUGCUCCUGGAGUAAAGGCAUGCAGAUCAGGUACAAUGUCAGUCAACUGGAAGAAUGGCUGCGUGACAAGAAUCUGAUGAAUAGCGGGGCUAAAGAAACCCUGGAACCUCUCAUUCAGGCUGCUCAGCUUUUGCAAGUGAAAAAGAAGACAGAUGAUGACGCAGAAGCCAUUUGUUCCAUGUGCAGUGCUCUAACCACUGCCCAGAUUGUCAAAGUGUUGAAUUUGUAUACUCCAGUUAAUGAGUUUGAAGAAAGAGUCUCUGUAUCAUUUAUUCGUACUAUACAGAUGCGUUUACGAGACAGGAAAGACUCUCCUCAACUGCUCAUGGAUGCUAAACACAUCUUUCCUGUCACCUUUCCUUUUAACCCAUCCUCCCUUGCACUAGAAACCAUCCAGAUCCCAGCCAGCCUGGGCCUGGGAUUCAUAUCACGGGUCUGAAAGUGAUGUGGUAUCAAGGCAAACACUGACAAUAAGAACCCAUUAUUUCCAGUGAGCUACUGAAGAGACAUUUUUAAAGAAAAAGUACUGAUUAUCUUUCAAACAAGAGUUUAUUAACUGGAAAUUUCCCUAAGUACUUUCAUCACCGUGGAAAGAACAAUAGGCUUCUUUGUGCUGUGUUACCUUAAUAGCAACACUCACCCUGGGUCAGUUAGGUUUCCCAAGGUAUGUACAUGCAGGUAAAUGAUGGAAGGAAGGGGGAAAAUGUCACCAGCUGCCGGCAUUUACUAUAAAUCCUUAGCACUGCAUCUAACUGGUAUGGUAAGAAUGUAAAUGCCAGCUACGAGCUGUUGUUAGAAAGGCACCAACAAAGAGCCUUCUCUGCGCGGACGAGAAGAAUUGAAAGAAAAAUUGCCAUUGAGUACAUAUCAUAUCAGUUCAGGAAUAAAUUAUGUUGAUACUGUCAAACUGGAUCAAAGAAAUAAACUGGCAAUAUGUAAAGUAA